UGUCUCCUCCCUGAUGGUAGAAGUCGAAACUCUGCAUGGAGAGGGUGAUGUGGGUCCGCUAAAAUGACCCCUGCCCUUUCAAUGGCUCUGACUUGGAAGACAUCAUCAAGACUAUGCAAUAGGUCAGAUUAUUCCCGGUGACUCCCUGGAGCUGCCAUACCAAGCAGCAAUGUCGGUAACUGUUCAUGAGAAUCGCAAAUCCCGAACAAGCACAGGCUCCAUGAACAUCUCACUGUUCCACAAGCCUUCACACCCUGACAGUGUCUUGACCCACCUGAACACGUUGAGGAAACAAUGCAUGUUCACUGAUGUCACUCUGUGGGCCGGGGAUCGCUCCUUCCCAUGUCACAGGGCUGUCCUGGCAGCAUGCAGUCGUUAUUUCGAGGCCAUGUUCAGUGGAGGCCUACGAGAAAGUCUGGACAGUGACGUCAAUUUCAGAGACAGUAUACAUCCCGAGGUUUUGGAGCUUCUUCUAGACUUUGCCUAUUCCUCACGAGUCAUCAUAAACGAGGAGAAUGCCGAGUCAUUGUUAGAGGCGGGUGACAUGUUGCAGUUUCAUGACAUUCGGGACGCCGCAGCAGAGUUUUUAGAGAAAAACCUGCACUCGUCAAACUGUCUCGGGAUGAUGCUGUUAUCAGACGCUCAUCAGUGUAAAAGACUGUACGAGCUGUCAUGGAGGAUGUGUCUGCUACACUAUGAGACGGUCAGAGAAUCAGAAGAUUUCCACAGUCUGUCUAAAGAUAAACUGCUGGAGCUGAUUCUUAGCGAUGAGCUAGAAGUAGAAGAUGAACAGGUUGUGUUUAACUCUGUAAUGCGGUGGGUUCAAUUUGACCUGGAGGGUCGGCGUCAUCAUUUACCAGACCUGCUGAGGGGAAUCAGGUUGGCCCUUCUUCCAUCUGAGUGUCUGCUGGAAGCUGUGGCCUGUGAGGAGCUGGUCAUGGCUGACAAAAGGAGCAGGUCAAUAGUAGAAGAGGCCAUGCAGUGUAAGAAAAAAAUACUUCAAAAUGACGGAAUAGUGACCAGUCCCUGUGCUCGACCACGUAAGGCAGGACACACACUGCUUAUACUGGGAGGCCAGACCUUCAUGUGUGACAAGAUAUACCAGGUUGACCAUAAAGCCAAGGAAAUCAUACCUAAGGCAGACCUCCCCAGCCCCAGGAAGGAGUUCAGUGCAUGUGCCAUCGGCUGUAAGGUUUACGUCACAGGAGGAAGAGGAUCAGAGAAUGGUGUCUCGAAAGAUGUCUGGAUCUAUGACACUGUCCAUGAAGAGUGGUCGAAAGGAGCACCCAUGCUUAUAGCCAGGUUUGGCCAUGGUUCAGCUGAGUUGGAGAACAGUCUCUACGUUGUUGGCGGUCAUACAGCUAUAGCAGGAGUUUUUCCUGCUUCUCCAUCUGUCUCUCUCAAACAGGUGGAGCGGUAUGACCCUCUCAGUAAUAAAUGGACUAUGAUGGCCCCUCUAAGAGAUGGAGUGAGUAAUGCAGCCGUGGUCAGUGCCAAACUCAAACUCUUUGUUUUUGGAGGGACCACCAUACAUAGGGACAAGGCCUCCAAGGUCCAGUGCUAUGACCCCGUGGGUAACCGAUGGAAUAUUGCAGCCGAGUGUCCUCAGCCUUGGCGCUACACAGCAGCUGCUGUCUUAGGGAGCCAGAUCUUCAUCAUGGGUGGCGACACUGAAUUCACUGCUGCCUCUGCUUAUCGCUUUGACUGUGAAACCAAUCAGUGGACUCGGGUGGGCGACAUGACAUCCAAACGGAUGAGCUGCCACGCCGUGGCCUCAGGAAAUAAGCUGUAUGUGGUGGGAGGUUAUUUUGGGACGCAGCGGUGUAAAACCUUGGACUGUUACGACCCAACGUUGGAUAGUUGGAAUUCCAUCACCACUGUGCCUUAUUCACUGAUCCCCACUGCCUUCGUCAGCACAUGGAAACACCUACCUGCCUAACUGGGGGACAACAGGAGCCAGUCAUUCCAGGUGUUGAUGUCCGCUGAGAAAGGACUGGGACUGGAGGAGCCUGGAGAGUACUCCAUGAUGUCAGCAGCUGGCUGAGGCUGGAGCUCCACACAGACUCCUGUGUAAUCACUGAACCCUGAGAGCAAGCAGCUGUAGCUCAGUCCUGAAGCAGACAGCACACACCCAGAGACACCCAGAGACACUCAGAGACACACAGACACACAAAGACACACAGAGACAGGGACUCAACAUGAUGCUUCCUGAACAAUGUGAUACUCCUCAAACUGGCACUUUGAUUGGUCGGACUGAUGGACUCUACAGAUUGAGUCACUGAUGGACUUUGUGUGUGUGUGUGUGUGUGUGUGUGUGUGUGGGAAGGGGGUAAUAUAUUAAUGUCUAGUCAUGCAAUUUACUACUAAAGCAUUCCAGCCAGUGUAAAGACACACUCUCUGCACAACUGAUGACGACAUGCAGUAGUUUCCUACAAAAAUCCAACAGACAAGAAAUGGAAGCAUCACAGUUUGACUUCGUCACUGUUAAUGGAGGUACUGGGUCCGAGAGUCCACAGAAACUGAAGUCUGACUCACUUGCCUCUGGGUUUACACCAAGAAAAUAUUUGGCUUUGCACAAUUUAUUUUUUUUAUUUUUUUUGCAGGGCUGGGGGGGUGUAAAUGAACUAUUUUCUGUUGAAUAUGGAAUAUGAUUCAUAGUUUCAGGUUUUAGUAUGCCACUGCACCAGAGAUGGAGGGAAAAAAAACAGAUUGAAAGACAAGUGUUAGAAUUGUUGAAGCUAAACCUGAACAUAAAUGUGUGUUGAAUGAGUUAUUUUGACCAAAUACUGAUGAAUAACAAAAACUGCUUUCUGUGUUCAACUCAUUUUGACCAGCUGACUUACUCCCAGUCAGAACUGUCCGUAAAGGGUCACUGCUGUGUUGUUCACAGUGAUGGGACCUGAGCAGUGUUUCAGACAGACUGUGUUAUUAAUUCAUUCAUCCAUUCACUGCUCACUACACUACAGAAGCUCUGAGAGGCAGACUACGUAGUGUGAGAGCAGUGGAGUCCACUCCACAGGGUGUAAUUCACUCUAAUUCUCACCAAACAUUCAGAGCACACUCCAACACAGCAGACACACUUUAUGGAGGCUGCAAGGAAUCGCUGGAGACCAUCAGUAUGUUGACUGUCAGCUGUUUACCAGACUGACAACAAGCAUUUUAAACAUUUUGAAAGCACAAAUUAAAAAUGGAAGGAUAAACACAUCCUCAAUACUGAUGAAAGUGGAGAAUGAAAAUGCAAAGGAUGCAUUAAAUAGAGAAUGUCUAGUGUGUCCUGUCACACCUGUAAACAUAAAUAAUUGUGGAAGUGUAACAGAAGGGCAAAUGUUUAUUCUUAAAUACAAACUUAACUCAAAUGCGAGUGGAUCAGCUGGAUCUCUUGACUCAUGUCAGUGUUCUUCUCUCUCAACUGAAGUGCCAAUAUAUAAACCACAAAGUAUCUGAACAGAACUGUGAGGACUUCUUGGUGAAGACAUCCUCACAACCACAGUGUCAACGAAGUCUUUUCACUUCAUGCUUUUCUUUCGAGUGCUGUUGCUGCAUUCUAUAUAGGGCCAAAUAUUGUGAAGUUUGUGUGCAGAGGCAGUGACAGAUCAGUGCUGGAGCCUGCUGGAGUCUGAAUGUGUGCCCAAAAAACUCUGAGAUGACAGACGGAUACUUUUGCCUUUACUGAGUGCCACACUGACCUGUGCUGAGCUUCAUAAUGUGUUCCAGUCAAUGCUGUUCGUGCUUUUGUGUCCACAAUUUCAUAAAAGCACAGGAAACACAUUUGGGAGCAUGAUCUGUUGGGUUUUUUUCACAUGCACAGUUGCACAUGCACUUGUUUGUAUUUCCAGUAGCAUGUUUUUGUGUUGAAGGAACCUGUGAGGCUGUUAGAGACACAUCAGUCACAAGCAAAGUCUUUGAUUUAAGACAUGAUGCUGUUUCUAUUUUGUAGGACACAUAUGAGAAGCACAGAGCAGCCUCGUGGACACUGAGUCCUGCAGAAACCACCUCUACCAAAGGAGCUGAACCUGGAACUGAAUAAACUGUGACUGUGUGUGUGUGUAUGUACUGUAACACCUUUGCAUUUUUAAUAUGUAUCAGUGCAUUCAGUAGUGGUGGCUGUCUCUGCCCCACAGCUGUGAGAUAUUUUGGACAUGCUUGAGACGACAUCAGCUGUCACAAUAUGAACAAAAUGAGCCUAUGAGCCGAUGAGGAGGGUUUCUGCAGGACACAUGGGCAUCAAAGCUGAUACAUUUUCUGAUGUUGUAAAGUCCUCUCCACUUGUUUGUGGAGUUGGAUUUCAGCAACUGCACCGAAGAUGUAGAAGAUUUUUCAUCUUUUCCUAAAAAUUUAAAGUAGUGGGAAGGAAUGUGUUUUGAAAGAACUGAGGAAUUUUGGAAUGAUUUGCAAAAACUGAACAGAGUUUUUGAGGAAAAGUUUAAUAUUGUGUGUUUUUAUUGGUGAAAAUAAAUAUAGCUCAAUUGUUAAACCCUGCGUAGCUCUUGAAUGUAAAGAGGAUAAUGGAAGCAAGUGCUGCUUCAGGUCGAAGAACACUGAUUUAUUUAUGUUUUUAUGACUCUUAGUUAACUUUAAGCAGUGAAGGUUCAAUCACCGGAUUGGCUCCCAGGUGG